AGCAUUCAAUUACUGGUACAUGUAGAAAAACACGAGCGACAUCCAUUAUAUAAGUCAAGUGCGCCAUGCAUCAGCUGUUCAAGUACCACCAUUAGAGAGAACAACUAGCUAGUUAUAGUGCUCGCAAGAAAAAAAUAGAUGGCUAUAACUGGAAAGAUAUCACGUGAAGUUGAAAUCAAAUGUCAUCGUCACCUGGUCUAUGAACUCUACAAGCACAAGCCCCACCACAUAUCAGUCGUCGACCCUGAGAGGGUUGAAGCUUGCCAUUUAAUUUCUGGUCAAUGGGGUGUUCCUGGAGCUGUCAUUCAGUGGCACUACUACCAUGAUGGAAAAAAGGAAACUGCUAAGGAAAUCAUUGAAGAAAUUGAUGAUGAAUUACACAAAAUUGUGUUCAAAGUUAUUGAAGGAGAUAUCUUGGACGUGUAUAAUUCCAUUAGUGUCAUCUUUAUGACCAAAGAUGUGGGCGAUAAGAAGUUUGUUAUCCGUACUAUAGAGUUCGAGAAGGCCAAUGAUAGUAUACCGGAUCCAACAUCGUAUCUGGACUCGCUUUGUGGACUAGCUGGAAAUAUGGAUUCUCAUUUUCUCAAGUAACCAUGAUGUCGCCGAUGUAUUCACUAAAUAUAUGUCGCUGACAUUAUGAUCAGCUCCAACAGCGACUUGCUUGGUGUUAUGGUGUUAAAGGGAAGUGAUUGUCCAAUAAAUAAAUGUCAGCUGGUGUAUUUAUAAAUGUUGAUGCUUGUGAAGAUACGUAUUUGUAUUGUAAACUAGCAUGGUGUUAUGGUGUGUUUUCAGUUACUUGUGUGGGAAUUGUUUCAUCUUUUUCUUGAUUUUUGAUACUAAAACUCACUUUUGAUAGUCA